CAGCAGAAUUUAUAAACAAAUGCAAAAUAUGCAAACAUUCCAUAAAUUAGUUAAAUUUCGAAUUCAUUAACGCCGUAGGAACGUGAAAAUAAUUAAAUUUCAUUAAUUAUUACGACGUAACAAUUCGAAAAUUGUUCGAAUAAUAAACAAUUACAUUGUUGCCAACUUAGUUUAUCGCGUUUAGCAAUCAUGUUACGGACUUUAAUGGCGUUUAUUUGCAUUUUUCCAGAAUGUCAUCCUAAAUGGGUAUCGUAUUACAAGAAAGUUUUUCAUUCCAAUUUUACGAAUGAUAAUGACAAACUUUUAAACGUAAGAAGUAAAAGAUCGGUGGAAUGGUCUCCGGAGUACCAGAUGUACGAAGAAUGGGCCAAGGAGUAUUACCAAAGUCACGCGACUCCCAUUGUGGUGGUACCCGACAAACCCGAUUCCAAGGAUAUUCUAGAAAAGUUUUUCGAACUACAACGAAAUGCCACCACGAUGGAUCGAUUCCGACAAUCCAACUUCUUUAACUACACGUUAACCGGAAUGGCCGUAAUUGCUGGUGUAUUUUUCGUUUGUUUCCUCCUCCAUAAGAUUGUUAAAUUGGUUACCAGGAAAAAAUUCCGACAGGACCAAAAUUCUAGAAUUUUUCUAGAAGAGGCGGAAAGAUUCUUGAACGUUUACCAAUCUGGUUUAUGCGUAGAGGAGGGGAAAAAGAGAAGAUACGAGCCUAGCCAGGAGGAGGAAGAGGCCUAUCUUCACGCCAAGAGAAUGGUAAACAAGCUGAAAAUUGAACUGAUAUAGAAACAAAAACAGGCGAAAUUUUUUUUUGUAAAUUUUUCUUUUAUUGCAAUACAUUCGAAAUGUUUUCUGUAUUGUUUGCGAAAAGUUUCUAUGUUACACAGCGUGGAAAGUAAAACGAUGCCAUUACAGAAAAGGCACUUUUAUUUAUAGAAAC